AUGACCGUUAUUUUAGAGAUUCAGCGAAUUAAUCAACGAGAAAUUAUCAACGGUGAAUGGUCGGUUGAUGCAUCAUGGCAUAAUCAGUAUCGAAACACAUCCUGGAUCUUUGCUGGCAAUCUGCCUUUUGAUCUUACGGAAGGCGAUAUCCUUUGUAUCUUUUCUCAAUAUGGCGAAAUUAUCAAUAUCCAACUUAUUCGCAACCAGCAAACAGGACAAUCCAUGGGAUUCGCAUUCAUCCAAUAUGAAGAUCAGCGUAGUACCAUAUUGGCAGUGGAUAAUUUAAAUGGAGGAAAGGUUUUAAAUCGAACAUUGCGAGUGGAUCAUUCAUAUGGCCCCAAGAAGCGAAAGAAAGAAGGCGAAGAAGAGGAACCUGAACUGGAGUUCAAGAUGAAUGCUGCUCCACCGCUUAUUCCCACAUCCACACGAUCGGAAUCUUCGUCCGACAAUGACAGUGACAAGAAUGAUAUCGAUGAAGAGGAUCCCAUGGCUGCCUACUUUAGAGACAAAAAGAAGGAAAAGAAAUCCAAAAAGAAGAAGAGCAAGGACAAGAAAAAAAAGAGAAAGCAUCACGACGACAGUGAACCAGAAGAUCAGCCACGAUCCGGUCGUUCUAACACACCGACAGAGUGUCCAAGCACACGACACGGAAGUAGUCAACGAGAGAAAGAACUGUCCGAUGACGAUCGCAGUAAACGAGUUAGAGGCGAGGACAGAUCACGCGAACGACGACGAUACGAUGAUCGGGAAGAAAAUUACGAUAGAGACCGACGACAUGACAGUCGCGAUCGAUAUCGAAGCCGCCGCGAUAGAUACGACGAUGAUAGAUAUCGAAGUAGAGAUUAUGAUCGACCAAGUCGCGAUGACGACGAUCAUGAAAGAUACCGUCGCGAACGAUAA